AAAAUUGGGGCACUCUUUGAAAUGUAAAUACAAACAAAAUGCAAUGAUUUGCAAAUCUCAUAAACCCAUGGUUUCUUCACAAUAGAAAUUAAACAUUAUAUCAUAUCUAAAUAGGUCCUUCAAUCAAAGAAUUAUGUGGAUAUGCCAGUUCCAAAGGUAGAAGGAGUACCCAAACUUGACAUUAAUGGACCAGAGGCUGAUACUGGGAGGAUUUCAAUUGCCUAAAAUCAAAAUGCCAUCGUUUGGCUUCAAAGGUCCAAAAGUGGAGGGCUCAGACACUGAUGUUAAACCACUUGAUGUUAACAUCAAAGGCCCAGAGGUGGACAUUAAGGGUCCAUGUGAGAAAAUCAAUCAAAAUGCCAUCCAUUUCUGGACCAAACAUCUUUCAAAACAAGCUUAUGUUUUUCAUAAAAUGGUAAAAUGUCUGUUUCAACAUUUGAUAUGCAGUUUUGGUCCUAAUGUGAAUAAAGUACUGGUUUAUAUGAUUUGCAAACCACUGCAUUCUGUUUAUAUUUAUCCUUUACACAGUGCUCCAACUAUUUUGAAGUUGGGGUUGUAGUUACACAAAACUUGCAAGUAGCAGGGGACUAUUUUACACAACAUAUCCAGAGAUAUAAACAAAUAAAUGACAUUGAUACAUCAUAAUCAUACUGAGUAACAUAUAAGGUUCAAUGUUUCUGCAAACAAAAAUGGACAAUAUCAUGUAGUGUUUUGGAGUGGGAGUGUUAUGUUCACAGAAGUUGCUCCUUUUAUUCUCAGAUAUUAAAAAAAACACCAGCUAGUAGUGUUUGUUUGUUAUGUUUUUGUUAAAAGUGAAUUCUUCAUCAAAAAAAAAUGCAGACUUAUAAAUACUGAAAUUAUUAAAAUAGAAAUAGCACAGCACAUGCUGCACCUUUGACCAAUCUAAAUGGUACAUUUCUAGUCUUCCAACUUCUCAUAGCGCUUCUAUACCACAGGUCACACCCUUUUACUCCCUAUUCACACACUGAUGGCAGAGGUUGCUAUAGAGAACUCGUCGUUGGUAUUAGCUAAUCUGGUUAAAAUGCAUUCAUACCCAUUUACAUGCUACCAACAGGAGCAAAUUGGGGUUAAGUUUUCCAAGGACACAUCGCCAUGUGACUGCAGGAGCUGGGGAUCAAACCCAUGACCUUCCAAUUGUGAGAUGACUGACUCUACCGGUUGAUCUAGUCACCCUCUACAUACCAAUGCAAUUCUCAAAUCACAGAUUGGAAAUAAAAACAGCCUAUAAUUAAACAUUGCUUGAAAGAUCUGGAUAACACUGCAUGUAACAUAGGGUGACUGUGGCUCAGGAGGUAGAGCUAGUCGCCUCGCAAUUGAAAGGUUUCAGUCACAUGUCGAUAUGCCCUUAGGCAAGACACUUAACCCCAAUUUACUCACACUGCUUUGUCCAUGGCUUGUAAAUGUGUAGGGAUGCAUUUGAGUGAAAAUUAGCUAACACUGAUGGACAAUUCUCCAUAGAAUUCUGUGCCAUCUGUUUGUGAAUGUGGAGUGAAUGGAGUAAAGGGUGUGAAUGGGUAGGUAUGACCUGUGGUGUAAAAGUGCUUCAAGUAGUCAGAUGACUACAUAAGAAAUACAAUCUAUUCACAGUAACAAAGUCAUCAUACAACUUCAAAGGAAAACUAGCAUUUUUUGGCAACAAGGCUUCAUGAGUGUAAUUCACAGAACCAUUGAUAACCUCACAGAAAUGAAGUACAAAGCCUGCCCUGUUUUUUUUUUUUUUUUUGUCUUAUAUAUGGAUAUUUUGGGUUAGCAGAGGAACAAAUUCUUGUAGACAAACUCCAAAAAAAAAAACCCAAACAAAAAAAAAACAAAAAAACAAAAAAAAAAAAACAAAAGAAACCAAAAACCUUUUCAUACAAAUGUCAACUUUUGAUAUUUUGGUUGCUAAAAUUUGUCGUAAAUAUGGUGAUUGAUAGAAAUAGGUAGGUGACUGGUAAAUAAUAAAAGCUCUUGAAUACGCCUAACCCUUGAAACCAUACUUUCAUGUCUUCUAAACUGUACAUUGAUGGAGGUAGGUCUAAAAGAACAUAUUAAAAGUGCCACCUAGUGGCUAAAUGAGAUAAAAUCACAACUAUUAUGAAGGUAACUAUUUUUUUUAAAUGCUUUAAACUUUACUUUUGUUCAAAAUAAAAUGUUUUGGACUAACUGAUCUUCACAAAUAUGUAUCAUUUCAUGCAUUUCUAAAGCUUUUAGUUUAUUAUUCAUCAGUCUUGACAAAGGUCAUGAAGUGUUUGGAAAUAAUCUUGUUUCAGUUAUCUAUAAGUAAUGUAGCUGUUGGAGGUUUUGAUCACAUUAAAACAUAUUUUACACAAGUAUAAAGCUUUGUAAAAAGCAGUGUUUUGCCUCAAUCACAGGAUAUGAUCCCAGUGUUCCUGGUUGCUUGAACACAAUUGUUGUUGUAGUGCAAAGGAAGGAGCAUAUCGGGAAUUUCCUUUCAAAGAGGAAAGUGCCCCUUUCCUUUUUAGAGGGGCAGACAUUUUUUGUGAAGUAGGACACAGGAGGAGAAAAAGUUGGAUCUGUCUUGCACAGUUUUGAUGAGUUAGUUACUGGAUUACUUGCAGGUCAUCUUCACUGCUCAUCUGUUUUAGAGGAUAAUCACAGCGGUUGAAAUACUGAGGAGAACCGCAACAAAUCAGUGCUCAGCAUUGCCUUCGUCUCCAAACCCAGAAGAGGAUGUCUGUGUCAGGGAAGAAGGAAUUUGACGUGAAGCAGAUCCUCAGGCUCCGCUGGCGCUGGUUCAGCCAUUCGUCCCAAGGUUCGUCCGGUGGUGGAGGUGGCGGUGGCGGCGGGGUAGGAGGCUACAUCCAGCAGGAUGGCCUGGACCACAGAGGAACACCUGUCCAGGGCCGACUCAAGAGUCACUCGCGAGAAAGAGGAGUCGGAGGACUACGGAAGACCAGCAGUCCGGUCCACAGCAUCUUAGCACCCACGCCAGGGCCCACACCUGUCUAUGUUAGAACAGGUCAUCAAUCAUGGCAUCAUCAGCAGAACACCAUCCAGGGUCUCCAGGUCAACGAGGACUCCUCAAAGAGCAGCUCAUCACCCAGCACCACGAGGAAAGAGGACACCAACACAGGCCAGGAAGAUGUGAAGUGCAGCACAGAAGAACCAGCAGAGGUGGAGGCCAGAGAGAGGUUAGCUCUGAGCACCUUCACCAGAAUGAACACCAACUCCUCCGACGAGUUUUUCCAGGCCACAAACCAUGCAGAACAGACUUUCCGCAAGAUGGAGACCUACCUCCAGCACAAGCAGCUGUGUGAUGUCCUCUUGAUAGCGGGCGAUCACAAGAUACCUGCUCACAGACUGGUCCUGAGUGCUGUGUCCGACUACUUUGCUGCCAUGUUCACCAGCGACGUGAGGGAGGCAAAGCAGGAGGAGAUCAAGAUGGAGGGAGUUGAUCCGGAGGCACUCAGAUCUCUUGUUCAUUUUGCCUACACUGGCGUCCUUGAACUCAAAGAGGAGACCAUUGAGAGUUUAUUAGCAGCAGCUUGUCUCCUCCAGCUUUCACAAGUCAUCCAGGUCUGCUGCAACUUCCUGAUGAAACAGCUUCAUCCCUCCAACUGUCUGGGUAUACGCUCGUUUGCAGACGCCCAGGGCUGCGUGGAUCUGCUCAACGUGGCUCAUAACUACACCAUGGAACACUUCCUGGAGGUCAUUCAGAACCAGGAGUUCCUGCUCCUCCCCACGGCAGAGAUUGUGAAGCUGCUCUCCAGCGAUGACAUCAAUGUCCCUGAUGAAGAAACCAUCUUCCAGGCUUUGAUGAUGUGGGUGCGUUAUGAUGUCCAGCAUCGACAACAGGACCUAGGGGUGCUUCUUGCCUUCAUUCGCUUGCCUCUUCUUCCUCCACAGCUCCUUGCAGAUCUGGAAAACAACAAAAUGUUUUCUGAUGAUCUGGAGUGCCAAAAGCUGCUGAUGGAAGCCAUGAAGUAUCAUCUUCUCCCUGAGAGACGUCCCAUGUUUCAGAGCCCGAGAACCAAACCUAGAAAGUCCACUGUGGGAGCGCUGUAUGCUGUAGGAGGGAUGGAUGCUACCAAAGGCUCCACCACCAUAGAGAAGUAUGACCUACGUACCAACACGUGGGUCCAGGUCGGAGUAAUGAACGGGCGGCGGCUACAGUUUGGUGUGGCGGUCAUAGACAAUAAGCUGUAUGUGGUUGGAGGGAGAGAUGGACUGAAGACAUCCAACAUGGUGGAGUGUUACAAUCCAAUCAAUAAAGUGUGGUCCACCAUGCCCCCUAUGUCAACACACAGACAUGGACUUGGUAUUGCAGUCUUAGAGGGCCCGAUGUACGCUGUGGGAGGUCACGAUGGCUGGAGCUAUCUGAACACAGUGGAACGCUGGGACCCCCAGGCCAGACAGUGGAACUACGUGGCCAGCAUGUCAACACCACGGAGCACCAUGGGAGUCACAGCUCUUAAUGGAAAACUGUUUGCAGUUGGGGGAAGAGACGGAAGCUCAUGUCUGAGGUCAAUGGAGUGCUUCGAUCCACACACCAACAAGUGGAGCAUGUGUGCACCCAUGGCCAAGAGGAGAGGAGGAGUGGGUGUGGCGACGUACAACAACUUCCUGUAUGCUGUAGGCGGACACGAUGCCCCAGCCUCCAACCACUGUUCCCGACUCUCUGAUUGUGUUGAGAGGUAUGACCCAAAGACAGACACGUGGACCACGGUGUCGUCCCUCAGCGUCUCUCGUGAUGCAGUGGGUGUUUGCCUUCUGGGUGACAGGCUUUAUGCUGUGGGUGGAUAUGAUGGCCAGUCCUACCUGAACACUGUUGAGUCCUAUGAUGCACAGAACAAUGAGUGGACUGAGGAGGUACCUCUCAACAUUGGCAGGGCAGGCGCCUGCGUGGUGGUGGUGAAAUUGCCUUGAGGGUUUUUGUCUCACAACAGCGUGGGAAACAAAUGAGAGAGCGGGCGAAGAAGAGUGGACUAACAAAACAACAGAUCAAGGACACAUCCUUCGAGAGUUCUGUUUUCAUUUUUUUCCUCCCUUAACUCAACUCUCCAGAUUUUUCAGAGGGAGACACAGACUGAGCCAUGCCCAUAAACCAUUGUUUCUAUCAUUAGUGGACAUUUGUGCCCACAGGGGACGGCUGCACAUUCUCUGCAUUCUCAACCGAUCAAGAAUUUUCAUAGUCUUGGCUAAGCUGUAGCAAGAGCCGAGCCUCUGUUGUUCUGGUUUUUUAAAACCAGUUUGAAGAAGUUCUGUGUUUGUCUGUGGCAUUAAAUGUGAAAGUUACAUUUUUAGAAAUAAGCCUCCGGGUUAUUUUACAUCUAUACAGACUUUUCUUAUCAGUGCCAUCACAUACAGUCUAUUUUUGGGUUUCUAUUUCACUUUUUAGCCACCCAAAUUAAAUUUCCUAUAAAACAUAAAUGUAACUAUGUACCAGUGUUUUCCUCAGUGUGUGGUCUGAACACAUUCUUACUCUUUAUGGGAGCGGACCACUGUGAACUCUGAGGGUCUCUGAGUUUACCCAGGCUCGUUUGAAGAACAAGAAAAACAAACUUUUAAUGUGAAAUCCAAUGUUUGGGUGAUUUCUUGGAUUCUUUUUUAUGGAGCCUGUAGCUACAGAACACCAAAGUCAUUCGCUUGUCUUAGGAGUCUUGUUAUGCUUGGAAUAAAAGUUUACAAAUAUUGUGAAUUACAGAAAAUAUAUCAUAUUGAUAUUUCACAUUGCUGUACAGAUUUUAUUGUUGAAUUUCUGAACUUUCAUGCGUGUUGAUAGAAUCAUGCCUAAACCAGUGCACUCUGGUGACUACUGUCAUUAUUAUUAUUACUUCUCCGGCUUGAUUUCUGGGCAUGCAAGCUGAUUUGAUUCAAUAUUACACAUCAAGAUCAGUGUCUUCUCUGUGUUUCGAAUGAUAUGAUGCCUUUUGGGUCAUGUUAGUUAUCUUGUCAUUUCAAACACUGCAAAACUUAAAUCUUACCAAGUGUACUGGUCAAAUUCUUGUCAGAAAAUCCAGUUAUACUUAUAAUAAGCCUCAUUCAACUCACAGAUAAACAGGGCCGGUUUUCCUCAAGGCAUGCGUAUUGGGUUCAGGUCCAACCUAUACUUUUCUCUCUUCAAAUAAAGGCAUAUAAAACCUCAUAUUGUUUUAGGAUACAAAAAGCCAAAACAUGGAUUUCUACAAAAAGGGAAAAAAAUCAGCUUGAGGAGCAAGCAAAAAGCUUUAAAAUGAGCUAAACUAACUAAACUUAGCACAAAAAGUAAGUAAAUUUGU